UAUGUGAAAAAAUUCUCUGAAAUUUGGUUCUUUGAAUCUUGGUGUACUUGUUUGAAUCUAAAUUCAGACAAAAGGGAAUACUUGCAUAGAAACUAAUAUCCCGUACGUGAUUGAGAAAUCAUCUCAAUUCGGACUCUAACAUAUAUAUAUGAACCAGCUGAUUCUUGCAAGUUGGCCCUCCAAGAUCAAGAUGAACCUCUCUCUUGCAUGCAUUAUCCUAGUUUUAUAUUCAACGAUCUUCGUCGCAGAUGCUGCAAUAGGAAUCAACUGGGGAAGGCAGACUGCGCAUAAAUUGGUGCCUUCCAUGGUGGUGGAUUUGAUACUGCAGAAUGGGAUCAAACAUGCCAGAGUUUAUUCUACUCAGGCAGAUAUCUUGGAGGCCUUCGCCGGAAGUGGGAUCGACCUCAGCAUCACCAUCUUUGGGGCCAUACAAGUCAGAACUCCUGAGGCUGCCAAGAAAUGGGUCCAAUCUAGGUCUGAGUUUUUCGAUUCUUGUAAUAUAAGUCGGGUUUAUCUUGGAAACCAUGUUUUUAGAGACGGAAUCACUAAUAAGAGUCUCCUUAAUAUGUCCCUGAUGGCGUUGGAGUCGGUGCAGAAUGCCCUAAAUGAGGCUGGUUAUGGCCGUGUCAAGGUGACCCUGCCCUCUCCUGAGGGCGUGCUGAUUAACAUAACAAGGCCGUCAGAUGCUGAGUUCAGACCGGAAAUCAAGGCGGAGGUGGAGAGUACCCUCAAGUUCCUCCAGGCAAACAAUGCUCCAUUCGUCGUGGAAAUAUUCCCCAUCUCCCACGUUAUUGACAAUGGCUGGGAUGUAAGCUUUGCCUUUCCGGACAACAAGUCGACGCAUGUGGUCAGGGACGUAAACGGUGCUGUUUAUACAAACGUGUUUGAGUUCAUGCACGAUGCGUUUGUCUGGGCGCUGCGCAAGGCGGGAGCACCAGAUAUUAAGAUAAUAAUUGGGCAGGUGGGGUGGCCGACGGAUGGGUAUCCGGGUGCCAAUGUCUCCACGGCCGAGCGUUUCUACAAACACUUGCUGCCGUACGUGGUCAGCAACAAGGGGACACCAAUGCGGCCGGGAGCGCCCAUCGACACAUACGUGCAUGCGCUGACAGAUGAAAACAAGAUGCCUUAUUUUUACCCUUUUGCCCGGCAUUGGGGCAUUUACGCCUCCAACGGGGAGCCAAAGUACAAGAUCGACCUGACGGGCCAAGACCGUGAUAUCUUCCCACCGAAGGUCAAGGGGAUUAUGCGGAUGCCCCAGCGAUGGUGUGUGUUCGAUGGGAACUUAACAGAUAUAGUGAGAGUGAAGAAUCAUUUCUACUACGCCUGCACGCACGCUGAUUGCACGAGCCUGGCGUACGGUGGGUCGUGUAGCCAACUCAAUUUUGUGCAGAACAUCUCGUUCGCAUUCAACAUGUACUUUCAAUCCCAGUUUCAAUCCGAGAAGGCGUGUGGUUCCGAUGGUUUGGGCAAGGUGGUCACUGAGAAUCCAUCUACGGGCACCUGUAUAUUCCCUGUGGAGGUCGUCAAAGGCGAGAUAUAUGAGUCUGCCGAUGGGAGCAGACUUGGUGAUGAGAUGCCUAUUCCGACAAUCUUUGUGUUUCUUCUUUCAGUUCUCUGGACAUUGUUGUGGGAUUGAAUUGCUGGAAAACUGGACAUUGGAUCAUGUCUCUAUCAAUCUAUCUGUCACUUCUCUUGAAUUAUGGGAAAAAAGUAUGUACUUUUGUAUAACUCAUACUUAUAUAUAUAUAUUAUGUCAUCAUUGAUUCG